CAGUGUGGCGUGAGAAGUGCCGUUGUGAGCGACGAAGAAGUGUUUAUGCCAUGGCUCCCUCUACGCACGUCCUCCACGCUAUCCCGACCUGGAUCGAAGAGAAUAAAAAGUUCUUCUUGCCGCCGGUAUGCAACAAAAUGAUGCACGGCGACGGGCAGCUGAAGGUGUUCUACGUCGGAGGCCCGAACCAGCGGAAGGAUUUUCACCUGGAGGAGGGAGAGGAGUUCUUCUACAUGGCCAAGGGUGACAUGAACCUCGUCACCCUGACCAACGGCGCCUUCAAGGACGUUAUCAUUAAGGAGGGAGAGGUUUUUCUAUUACCUGGCAAGAUCCCUCACUCCCCGCAGCGAUUUGCCGAGACAAUAGGCCUAGUCAUCGAGAGAGAGAGAAUGAAAACGGAACUUGAUGGUCUUAGGUACUACGUAGAAGGCACAACAGAAUCCUUGUUUGAACGCUGGUUUUAUUGCGAAGAUUUGGGAACUCAACUUGGACCAAUUAUCAAGGAGUAUUUUGCCUCCGAACAACACAAGACUGGCAAACCGAUUCCAGGAACCAUCUCCGAAAACCCUCCUUUUGUCCCGGAUGCGGCGAGGAAGCUGGAGGACCCCUUUCCUCUGGCCAAGUGGCUCUCCAAACACAGCGCUGAGAUUCACCAAGAAGGAAGCAAGCGACUCUUUGACCUGACCUACCAGAGUGACGUCACAGUAUUUGGCAAAGGAACAUCAGAGGUCAACCUGCCGAGGGCCGAGACUUGGUUGUGGCAGCUGGAAGGCGAGAGCACAGUAACAACAGGAGGGGAGACCGUGAAGUUAAAACCCCAAGACUCUCUUUUGAUUAGAGUCGGAUCCCCUUACUCACUCGCUCGGGCCGAAGGAGCUGUUACCCUCUCUGUCGUGAUGGAUCCUGGCUCGAAGGAAAGGGGCUUCGCUCAUCUCAAGAGCAAGAAGUGAGGUGUCUUAGUGUGGAGAGGGAGGUAGGGGGUGGAGGAAGGAAGAAGGGGUGUUUGUGUGUGGGUGGGUGAGAGAGUGUGGGUGUGUAUGCGUGUGUGUAGGGGUGGUGAAUGUGUGUGUGUGUGGUUUUGUGUAGGGCGUAAGUGUGUGUGUGUGUGUGUGUGUGUGUGUGUGUGUGUGUGUGUGUGUGUGUGUGUGUGUGUGUGUGUGUGUGUCUGUGUGUAAGGGGUAAGUGUGGUGUGUGUCUUUGUGUAAGGGGUAAGUGUGUGUGUGUGUGUGUGUGUGUGUGUGUGUGUGUGUGUGUGUGUGUGUGUGUGUGUGUGUGUGUGUGUGUGUGUGUGUGUGUGUGUGUGUGUCUGUGCGUAGGGGGUAAGUGUGUGUGUGUGUGUGUGUGUGUGUGUGUGUGUGUGUGUGUGUGUGUGUGUGUGUGUGUGUGUGUGUGUGUGUGUGUGUGUGUGUGGCGUUUCUGACUAGAUCAGUUUAUAUAAAUAUAUGUUUUCCGUGUGUUUGCGUUCGUGCGUAUGAGGAGAAUAAAUAUGUUAAAUAUAAUUUGUCUGACAGUCUUCUGUGUUAAAAUGGCAGAGAAACAAAUAUAGGAUUUAUAUGUUCGUGUAAGUGUAUGUAUGCACUUGAAUGAUUUUGCAGAAUGAGAUAACAGUUGAUAAGAAUUGCUCAAUUUCUCGAUACGGGAAUGUCACCCAUAUCUUCAACUCAAAGAACCUGAUUUUUAUCAUUUUUAUGCUGUUAUGUGCUCUUGUGUUAGUAUGAUGAAAUAAACAAUUAUCAAGGAAAAAA